UCUCAGUUGUGGUGGCUGCAGGCGAUCGUUAUGGAGCAGGAAGACAAGAAUGGCAUCCCCCGUGUCACCUCGGUGUCCCGGCUCUCCACGGCUCUCUCACACACCCACCUGGAUCUGGUGGAGCAGGAGCCCAUGGGCGGCUGUCCGGUGCAGUCCCCCGGCACCGUGAACCCGCGGGUGACACAGAGCAGCCGCAAGAGGAAGCUGUCCAAGAGCCAGAGCUUGUCCGGAUCCCUGGAGAGUCUGAGCGGCCUGUCAAGCGAGGCGAGGGUGCUGGUGAUGAACACCGGGGGGACCAUCGGCAUGAUGUACCACAACGAAGUCUUGUCCCCUCAGGCAAACGCGUUUGUUAAGACCUUGAAGAAACUUCCUAUAGUUCAUGACGAGCAAUACGCCCAGCAGACCAAGCUGUAUGAGUUCCACGAGUUCCCGGAAACCACAUUGGUUCUACCUCUAUCUAAGCAGAACAAAAGGAUUGUGUACAGUAUCUUAGAAUAUUCUCCUCUUCUGGAUUCCUGUAACAUGACGACUGAUGACUGGGCCAAGAUUGCCAAGGACAUUCAGAAAUAUUAUGAACACUAUGAUGGUUUCGUCGUCCUUCACGGUACAGACACCAUGGCCUACACCGCAUCUGCACUGUCCUUUAUGUGUGAAAAUUUGGGCAAAACCAUUGUGCUGACUGGCUCUCAGGUUCCAAUUUAUGAGAUGCGGAAUGAUGGUCGAGACAACCUGUUGGGGGCUCUUCUGAUUGCCGGGCAGUUUGUUAUUCCAGAGGUGUGUCUGUAUUUUCAUCACAAGCUGUACAGGGGAAACCGGGUGACGAAGGUGGAUGCAGGAAGUUUCAAUGCCUUCUCUUCUCCCAACUUGCCUCCACUUGCAAAUGCUGAAGUUGAUAUUACAAUUAACUGGGAGACUGUUUGGCGAUCAAACACCAUCAAGAAGUUCCUGGUGCACACAGACAUGAACAGAAAUGUGGGCCUGCUCCGAAUUUUCCCUGGAAUUACUGCUGCCACUGUAAAGGCUUUCCUUCAGGCACCAAUGGAGGGUAUUGUGCUGGAAACAUAUGGCAGUGGAAAUGCCCCGGACUGCCGUAUUGACCUGCUUCAGGAGCUAAAAGCUGCCACGGAACGUGGAGUAUUAAUCAUUAAUUGCACUCAGUGUUUGCGGGGUUCUGUCACAGAGUCGUAUGCAACUGGAAAGGCUCUUUCUGUGGUUGGGGUCAUUCCAGGUUGUGAUUUGACUCCAGAGGCAGCGCUGGCGAAGCUUUCAUACGUCUUGGGUAAAACGCACCUCAGCCUGGAGCAGAAGAAACAGAUGCUGUAUGAAAAUCUUCGGGGAGAAAUGACAGUCAGUGCCACUGGAGCUAAAAUCUCUCUAAGAGACAGCAAAUUCAUCCAGGUGGUCGCCAAGUCUAUCGGUGUGAGCUGCAAGGAGGAAUUGGAGGCGGUUAGAGAUGCUUUGAUGCCAGCUUUGGCCUGUGCUGCUGCUAAAACUGGAGACAUUAAUGCACUGGAAGCAAUAAGAGAUAUGGGGGGAAACCUGAGUAGUGAGGACUAUGAUUGCAGAACGCCAUUACAUGUUGCCAGCUGUGAAGGGCACUACACUGUGGUCCAGUAUCUGCUCAAUAAUGGAGCCACUGUGUACGCCAAGGACAGAUAUGGAGACACCCCCCUGAUGAAUGCUGUAAAAUUCAGGCAGCUAGAAGUAAUUAAACUCCUGCGGCAGACGGGGGCUCAUCUUUCCUGGGAGGAGCUGGAGCACAGCGGUACAGAACUCUGCAGCUUAGCUGCUACUGGGGAUGUGGAUGGACUGACAGCCUGGGAGCUGGCCGGAGUCGACAUGGAUCAAACUGGUUAUGAUGGACAAACACCUUACCAAGUGGCAGAGGCUGUGGGGAAUGAAGAAGUGUUGGAAUUUUUUAACCAGAAGCGAGCACAGGUUUUCCACAACGGCAGCUCAAGUGACAAAGACAGCUAUUUAAGCAGUUAAAAAAACCCAACAACCGUGAAGAUAUGAGGGCAACAGACUAUUGUUUUCAAGCA